AUGGAGAAAGGCUCUAGUUCCCGCAAUCGUCGCCCGCGCAUGCUCUCUGAAUCCGAGAGAGAGCGCCUUGACGAGUUUAUCGAUCUGAUCCAUUACUCCGACCGCUACUCCGACAAGACUUACGAGUACAGGCAUGUCAUGCUUCCCAAGCAGAUGCUUAAAGCGAUCCCGAAGGACUAUUUCGACGUCGAGACCGGAACCCUUAAGAUCCUCCACGAAGAGGAAUGGAGGGGUCUCGGUAUCACUCAGAGCUUGGGAUGGCAGCACUAUGAGAUUCAUGCGCCUGAGCCGCACAUCCUCCUCUUCAAGUUCGUGCCCAUUCCCCGAUCGCGCCCCAAGAAUUUCCAGGCGAACGUUCAGUAG